AUGGGUAAGCAAGAUACCUUAAAACAUUUCCCUGAUAACUCGGAGGUCCUGGUCAUCCAGCUCGGUUCUCAAUCAGAGAGUCAAGCCAUACAAUUUCGUCAUGGCGAGUUUUUGUUUCGGAUCAAACAGACUAUUGGUCUGUCUAUCGUCAAAACGGCAGAUGACGCCAUUGAGUUCAUCAACACCAAACAUCCAGCGUUCAUCCUUGUCGUAGACUCGGAGUUCGCCAAUCCAGCCUACCGACGCCUACAAAAUGAAGUAGCAUUCAUCGUAGAAUACGGUGCUGCAUUCAUCAUGUGCGGGGAGUUCCCUCGUACCGUCGACACGGAAAAAUUCAGACACAUGGCUCUGAACGCGUUCAACCUCGGGUGGGAUAUCGGACCAAUUCACAAGGGCAAAUUCGAGCUCCAUAAAACCUGUGAUGUUUUGGAUGGGAUUCAUCGCGCUUCAAAUAUCGGGAUGGAGCUACAAAUGACAGCUGUUUUGGUAGGUCGUGUGGAUGAUAGGUCCCGUCUCUACAUCUGCAAGGAGUUUGAUCAAUCCCAAGAUAAUACCUCUGCCGCUCUUGCUUUUGAGAAACGUGGCAACGGUUACUUUGGCUGGGUUGGGGAUACCAAUGCACUUGGUGCUAUCCACAAUGUGAUUUUCAAAUUCAUCGACCUUGCUGGCCCAAAUUUUAGAGCUGGCCGCCUUAGAAACCUUCGUCGCGGGAGGAACAUGCCGCAAGUUUGUGGCGGCCGUCCGGCCGGCCACCCUAGAAACAAUAAGGCUACACGUGCCAACAAACCUCCACCUCGUCCACAAGGUCCCUGUGAUAAUUGUGGACGAAAUUUCACCACGCAAACUUGUUUCGACUGUAAGAUCGUUUUUUAUUGUAGCAUGAGUUGCAUGAAUGCCGCUAGUCGCAAGCACAAAGAAGUUUGUGCUGCCCACAAGGUUACUCUCAGCCAGGCCAUUGAAAUGGCAGACCAAGGUGACCCAAUGCCUUUGGUCAGAGAGCUGGUCAUCUCUCCAAAGGACCACCAAGAGGUUUUAGAACGCCUGAUCGAUUGCUACCGCUUUCGCAUCGAGGACCUAAAGAACAUCUCUGGUAUUCGAGCCGGCUGCUACCGGGACUCGAAUACGGGUGAUGUUCACCUGGAAGAGUUCGUCAACUUCCUACGCCAACUCCAACGAUCGAAUCAGCCCGCCCGGCCUCCAUGGUGGGAGUUGGCCUCCCAGGUUCAAUGCGAAGAUAUGGCAUGCAACCAUAUCAUGCGCUACUACAUCGGGAAUCCGAUUGAUGAGGACGAGGUCGUCGCUCACUAUGGCAAUAAGCUAAUGCCAUCGGCUCUCAGAGCCCUCAGUGACAUCCUCUACAACGGCCCAGUCCCUGAGCGGACGGAAGACCCCGGGGACGAGGGGGACAACAAUCAGAUGGCAGGAACCGAUCCCAUCCUAGGCCUGGAUGAACUUGGCCAAUGGGAGCAGGAUUCUAGCAGCGGCACCGAUGAUAUCGAUAGAGUCCUCAACAGCCUCAAGCUUGAGGACCCGAUCAGCACAGUUGCUGUUAUCGAAACUAAACAAGAGUCUCGGGCUCCAACCAGUCCUAGUCCCCCGACUCCCAUGGCCCCGCGACCCGGCCCAACCGCCCCCGAAGCUCCCAUUCAGCCCCAGGCCCCAAGGAGAAAGAGAGAGCCAAUCGUCCAUGUUUGGGAGCCACCCACCACUCCUAACUAG